AUGGAUGUGGGGGAAGUCGCCGACUGCGGCAAGGCGGCGGCGCCGCAAAGUCAAACACGCGAGACCCGAGCGCUAAAAAAGCAAGCUGGCCCAACCCAGGCUCAGCCAACCCGCGCAGUCGCCCCUGUGGAUGGAGCUAGAUCAAUUGGUCGACUCGUUCCCGUCGUCGCGCUCCAACAACAGCAGCAGCAGCACCCCGCCCCGAGCACUGUCGGCCUGCUGUUGUUCUGUGGAAACUGGGGACGAGGGUCCAUUUGCCCUGUCGGGCUAGACGGACCGAUCCAGCAGAUUCGAGGCCCUCCCCCGCACGUUUAA